GAUUUACCUGCAUUACAAAGCUGUGACUUCAACCGAGGGUGGACAGUUACAGGACGGACGAGUGAAGUGGUGAAAUAUUUCAAAUACAACCUGCUGCGGAUUGUAAAACGCUCAAAGACUCAAAGUAAAAGUAACUCUCUGCUGUUUUUAGUCUCACUCAGACAUAAAAUGGCUUCCAGAUCAGAGGAGGAUCUCUGCUGUCCGAUCUGUCACGAUGUCUUUAGAGAUCCUGUCGUUCUGUCAUGUAGCCACAGCUUCUGUAAAGACUGUCUGCAGGACUGGUGGAGAGAGAAACCAAUACAUGAGUGUCCAUAUUGUAAGAGAAGAUCUUCAAAGGACUGCCCGCCUGUUAGUCUGGUAUUAAAGAACCUGUGUGAGGCCUUCUUACAGGAGGGAGACCGGAGAGCCUCAGAGGCUCUCUGCAGUCUGCACGCUGAGAAACUCACACUCUUCUGUCUGGAACAUCAACAGCCAGUGUGUGUCAUCUGCAGGGUUUCAGAAAAACACACCAACGACAGAUUCAAACCCAUCGAUGAAGCUGCACGAGAACACAAGGGGAAACUUCAGAAAACUCUGGAGCCCUUAAAGGAGAAGUUAAAGACUUUUCAGCAAGUUCAAGUGAAGUUUAAUCAAACAGCAGAUCACAUGAAAAUCCAGGCGCAACACACAGCGUGGCAGAUUAAGGAGCAGUUCAAGAAGCUUCACCAGUUUCUAGAUGAGGAAGAGGAGGCCAGGAUGGCUGCACUGAGGGAGGAAGAGGAGCAGAAGAGUCAGAUGAUGAAGGAGAAGAUGGAGGCUCUGAGCAGAGAGAUAGCAGCUCUUUCAGACACAGUCAGAGCCACAGAGGACGAGCUGAGAGCUGAAGACGUCUCAUUCCUGCUCAACUACAAGGCUGCAGUGGACAGAGUCCAGCAGUGCCCCCCACUAGAUAAUCCGCCGCUGCUCUCAGGAGCUCUGAUAGACGAGGCCAAACACCUGGGCAACCUGACCUUCAACAUCUGGAGCAAGAUGAAGGACCUGGUCUCCUACACUCCUGUGAUUCUGGACCCAAACACUACUCAUCGGAAACUCAUCCUGUCUGAGGAACUGACCAGUGUGCAACACGGACAGAGACAGCAGCUUCCUGAUAAUCCAGAAAGACUUGAGGAUUAUGUCACUGUCCUCAGCUCUGAGGGCUUUAACUCAGGGACUCACAGCUGGGAUAUUGAAGUUGGAGACAAUACAUCCUGGUCAGUGGGUGUAUUAGCAGAGUCUUUCCGGAAGAAGACCCAGAAACAAUAUGGAUCAUGGGAAAUGUGGUUCUACAGAGGUGAAUACUCGGCACGGUCACUACCAGGUCCAUUUACUCCUCUCCAAGUGCAGAGGAAGCUCCAGAGGAUCAGAGUGAAACUGGACUGGAACAGAGGAGAGCUGUUGUUCUCUGAUCCUGAUACUAGCACACACAUACACAACCUAAAACACACUUUCACUGAGAGGCUGUUCCCAUACAUUAGCACAGUGGACAAAGUCCCACUGAAGAUAUUACCACUGAAGGUCUGUGUGACAAAACAACAGGAAACAGAUAUAAGGAGGACAUUAAUGGAAGAAAAAAGUUAAUAAGUACAGCAGAAAAAAAUGAGUCAAAAAUGAAAACUAGAAAUAAUUGUCUUGAUGUGAGUAAAGGCCCAGGACGGAUUUAAGAUGCUAGUUAGCCAGUUAGCACAUUAACAAUACAAUCUGAUGCUCAAAGAACAAAGUAUAUUUAUUGUGUGCUAGUGAACAACAGCGCAAACAAUUGCGAACCCUACGGUUCGAAAGGCGACGUUUAGAGAGCAAGCCCAAAUAAGCAACUCCACUUUAGAAACAAGCCCAAAAAACUGCAACCUACUACCAGUAUUUGUAAACUUUAAACAAAAAAACAAGCCCAAAGUCGCGGCUAAUAGGUGGACCUGGCAACCCUACGACUUGUCCUCCUCACAUUUCUUCCGUCCUCUUGCGUGCUGGAAAAGCCGUUUCCUCAAACUGAGUUUUUCUAAUACUCUGAGCACUUACUUACACCACACUUUGCAGUUUAAUUCCUAUCUAUACGAUUUUACAGAGCGGUUUGUUCAUAUAUAAUUUAGAACCUGAUUCACGUAACACUUAAAAAUGUGGCAAAAAUAGUUUUUUUCUAUGGCUGUUGACCGUAUUUUCUGAUUUAUGGAGUGACUGUAAAAACCUUUGACUCUAAUAUGUUAACAUUAGGGAUGCUCGAUAAUAAUGGUACCUCAUCUGUAUCGGCGAAUAUCGGCUUUAAAAUGAACAUGCACUGAAAAGCAUUUUAUUUCAUGUCUCCAUCAGCUGGUGGGCCGUCACCAUAGAAGUAUGCAUGCAUGCAUAAUACGAUGUUAAUUCCACUACAAGGAGACUUGACGUUCACUUAACUGGGGGAAAAAGUGGAUACAUCGUUAUCAGUUUUGGUUAUCCGUCAAAUGAAUUGUUAUUUAUUGGCAUAUCAGAUAUCUGCUAAGUAUCCAUUAUCAUGCAUCCCUAGUCAACACAAAUGAAACAAGAAUUUCAAACCAGACUUCAUCCAAUGUUCAGAUUUCUCUUCUAAAAUUUAUGCAAAUAGGCUCAUAUUUAAAAGGAUAACCACUUGCUUGUUUAAACCUAAAUUUUCAGAGAUAUUGUUGUUUUGUUAUUGUUGUUACCUGUCAGUUGAUUUAAAGUAUUCUAAUUGUUUUAUUGUUUUGUAUGACUGAAAUUAAAUUUCAACAAGUCUGCAUUCAACUUUUAAGACAGUUUCACGACUAACUUGAAAUAAACUGCAGUGACUGCAGUACAUGUUUCUUAUGAUCUGGACACACACUAUGAGUGGAUCUGUCAUCUGCCAUAUGAGCAUCAUUAAAAAUAUAACAAAUCAGGACAAAAGAAGAAACACAACCUGUUUCACACAGAGAUCUCUAAAAAUUAUUUGCAUUUUGUUUUAUUAUUCUAAAUCUGCUUACAUUUUUAAACUAACAAAUAUGAGAUGUUGAUGGGUUUUGGAUGAGAGGAACACCAGGUCCGCUGUGUUUGAGUUUGGUAACUUAAUCACUUGAAACACAGCAGCAUUCACACUGUUGGUCAAAUCUUUAUUUUUCAAUUUUGUGCAUUUUCCAGACAUGUACUACCUGCAUACUUUGGCUGUAGAAACCAUAUGCUUUUAUUCAGCUUUUUUCUAAAAUGUAUACUUUUUUAAAUAUUACGUUUUUUUCAACAACUUUCCUACAUGAAAGUAAAUGGGAGAAAUCGUGUUUAAUCUACUCCACUUUGAAGUUCUUCAGUUUCUUCAUACUUUCAGCUGCAGAAUUUAUUUAACCUCGAAACAGGUUACAAGAAUUUGAACUAUUAAACAUGUAUACUAAUCAGAAUCAGAAAUACUUUAUUGAUCACUGAGGGGAAAUUAUGAUUAGUUACAGUUGCUCCGAUGUAAAGAAUAUCGAAUUAUAAUAAGUAUGAAUAAGUGUAUGAAAUAAAUUGUCAAUGUAGAGCAAUAAAUGAAAUAAAGUGGAAAUGAAAUGUG